AUGGCGUACGAACAGGAACUUCGAGUCGCUGAACUCGCCGUCCAGAGAGCUUCUCUGCUCACCAAGAAGGUCUUCAACGAGAAGGCCAAGGGUGAAUUGGCCAAGGACGACAAGUCUCCUGUCACAAAGGGAGACUUUGGCGCUCAGGCUCUUAUCAUCCAGGCCAUUGCCCAGAACUUCCCCGACGACGAAAUCGUGGGAGAAGAAGAAGCGAGCGAGUUAAGGCAAGAAUCUGCUCUCCGGGCAGAGAUUUGGGAUCUAGUCAAGGACAUCAAGUUGGACGACAAGGCCAGCGAUGAACUGCUCGGUGGCCCGUUGCCCAGUGAGGAAGCGAUGCUGGAUAUUAUCGACAAAGGCAAUUCUCCCGGCGGACCAAAGGGCCGCAUCUGGGCCCUGGACCCUAUCGACGGAACCAAGGGCUUCUUGAGAGGAGGCCAGUACGCCGUGUGUCUCGGCUUGAUCGUGGAUGGCGACGUGAAGGUGGGCGUCAUUGGAUGUCCCAACCUGCCAGUCGACAAUGCCCAAUCUCUUACGGCCGACAUCGGAGGCCAGCAAUCAGACGCAGAAGGAAAAGGUGUUCUGUUUUCUGCUGUCAAAGGAGAAGGUUCCAAGAGCCGCCCCCUCACAAACGCCGCCCUUGCACCGAGCAACCCCAUAUCGAUGCGCCCAGUCCCAGACACAUCCAAGGCUGUCUUCUGUGAAGGUGUCGAAGCUGGCCACUCUAACCAGGGUGACAAUGCCGCCGUGGCAAAACGUCUUGGAAUCACUGCUCCGAGUGUGAGGUUGGAUUCUCAAGCUAAAUACUGCUCGAUCGCCCGAGGCGCUGGAGAUAUCUACCUCCGAUUGCCCGUCAAGAAAGACUACCAGGAAAAAAUCUGGGACCAUGCCGCCGGGGACUUGAUUGUCCGUGAAGCCGGUGGGCAGGUGACUGAUGUCAAUGGCAAGCGCCUUGAUUUCAGCAAGGGAAGAACCUUGGCUGAUAACAAGGGAGUUGUCGCUGCUCCAGCUGCCCUCCAAGACCAAGUCAUUGAUGCUGUGCAAGUGGUUCUGAACUUGAAAUAG